CAGUACCGGGCACGUGGUCUACCACUGAAACGACCAAAUGUUCUACCUAGUACCACUGGUACUUCUGUGAGUGCUUGUACCAGACUUUUUAAUAAGUUUAAUUGUCAAACAUCAAGUUCUUGUCCAACCCUUUUUCAGAACUAUAGUCCCAUACGCAAGACGCGUGAACCGAUAGCGAACGAUGGUUGAGGUCAAACGAUCCAACGAGUCAUCAGAGCUGCAUACGGACUCUGGGGUCAAGUCAGCAGAUAGUGUCAACAAUGGAGCGACGGUUGUUGAACUUGAAACAACUUUUUCAGGCCAAGCCAACGAUAAGACUGAUAUGACGAAGGGUGAUGAAGACGAUCUCAUCAGCAAGCAAAAUCUACUGGAUGUUGCAGCAACGUCGGGUGAAACUGAAGCUGAAGAACCGACUGGUGAUGAUGGAGUCUCGCAAUCGGACGUUUCCCCACGGGGGACGAGUUUAUCCGAAAACGUCCGAAAGACUAUCUUCGGGUUACUCAUCGUAAUCGGUAUUGCAGUAUCGUGGGUUGGAGCAACGCAGUUCAGCCAGAGCACGUAUACUACAGAGUUCUCGUCUGCUUCCGUCAAUGUCUGGUUUUCAACCUCAUGGAUGCUGGUCUGCUAUCCAGUCUACAUUCUUGGCGCAUUGGUGUUCUUGCCUCGCAGUCGAAGUGUAGAAGGCUUCAAAAAUUUAUACAGGGAUGCCGAGACUGUUUUUGGUGGGCGGGGCCUUUGCCUGCGAACCUUUGCAACCCUCACCGUACCUUUCGCUGCAUGCUGGGCUGUCACCAACUAUCUGUACGUGUACGCUCUGGGUAAGAUAGCCGCAGCCGAUGUGACGGCUAUCUUCUCGUCUAAUACCGCAUUCAUUUAUGUCUUCUCGUGGCUGUGGCUACAUGAACGGCUAGUCUUGCUGCCGGUUAGGAGUGUUUCAGUUCUGAUGUCAAUUGGUGGCAUGGUGCUCGUCUCUUACGCUGAUGGAUUCAAAGGAACUACGGCACUUGGUGUAAGCUUCUCCAUUGGGGCUGCCAUCGGCUCCGCCAUUUACAAGGUGUUGUUCAAGCGUUUCAUCGGUGACGCUUCCUCCGGCCAAGUGUCUCUCUUUCUGAGUGUGCUUGGUAUCUUCAAUAUUCUCUGCUUGUGGCCUUUUAUCAUCAUCUUCUACUAUACCGAUGUGGAGACUUGGAGUUUUGACAAUAUUCCAUGGGACUACCUGUGCGGCAGUGCAGCACUCAGCGUCGCUUUCAACUUUCUGAUCAACUUCGGCAUUGCUCUGACAUAUCCACUGUUUAUUGCUCUCGGCACCGUCGUUGGUAUACCACUAAAUGCAGUCGUUGACUUGCUUUUCCGAGGCAAGAAUUUCAGCAACUUUAAAAUCGGUGGUUCAGUGCUGGUCGUAGUCGGGUUCCUCAUCAUGCUAAUGCCGGAAACCCUGCAGGCGAAGGCGGCGUGCUGGACCGAAGGCAGUUGCCCAUGGGAACGAAGACGUCGCGAGAGAGAGGAGAUGGGAGAUGAUACUGGUGAAGUCAACACUGGUAUCGAUACCAAUACUAUCGAUACCAACGAAACGAAAUAUCCAGAAACGGACGAGGUUAAGGUUGCUGUGCAGUGACCAUGUACCGUCGUAAACGGAAUGUCGAAUCGAAUAAAUUCAAUAAUAAUGGUAGGAAAUCUUUAAAUGAAUCUUGAAAUCUGUCAGAGCUGAAACUUUCAUUUUAAAGUCUUUAUACCUUAACUGGGGAUGAGUUUGAUCGAAAACAAUCCAGAUAAUCAUGGUUGCACUUGUACUUUAUCCAAAAUGUAAAACCUAUUAGGAUGAAUAAAUUCAUAAAUUAAUAAAUUCAAAAGCAUAAAUGUUUAAUAAUACUCGGUCAAUUACGAAUGGAAAAUCAGGCUUAACUUAGACACGGAAAAUGAAAGCUACCAGUAUACAUACUAACAAUCAGAAAGUGGAAUAUGUACACGUGACAGAAACCGUUAUCCACUGUUAACUUGCCGCAGCUGACAUUGGUCCGAAACCCACCAGUAGAUUAACAAAUGAAAUGUGCUUCACCUUCCCACCUCUGUAAAUUCUAUGUACGUUGAAAGUCAUAACACUUUGAAUAACACAUGAAAAUCAUACUUUUGCUUUUUCCCUUUUCGCUGUACCUAUUGUAAUAGAUUUGUUUGUAGUAUUAUAAUUUUGAUGGUAACCAAUCUGAUCACAUCCGGGGCGUGCUUACAUCUAAAACCAAAUAUAUAUUUAUCUAUUGCUGGUGAAUUUGCACUGUUUUAAUAGGUUUUUUAAGCAUAAAAAUGUAAAGAGCAUUACUGUGGAUAGGCUUCGUCUCAUCGUUUUAAAAAAAAUUACAUAAAAAAACCCAGAUCAGCAGCCUCAUGUGCUUCUUUAAAAUCAAUUCUGAAAACUUUAAAAAUUGUUUCUUAUUAUACAGGGUGAGUAAAAUAACGAAACCAACUGGCAGGAAUAAUUUUGAAUAAAAUUUUAUAGCACUUUCAAAAUCUAGGAUAAGGAAGUCCAAUCUAGGAGCUUUCUUUUAGUACAAGAACCAUUUAAAUCACUCAUGUACUUUUGAAGUACAACAAAAUGUAAGUGUUCUUUUGCAAAACGAAAACAAUUCGCAUGCAUCCCUAUGAAAAUCGUUUUACGUUUCGCUGAAAGAACACUUUUUUGUGUGUGAUCCGUUGACAGAACUUUAAAACGGUGUUUAUGUUCACAAUUCCGCAACUUGAAAGUAUACAUGAGUAUUUGAAUGAUUCUUGUGGCAGAAAACUUAAUGAUUGGACUUUCAUAUCAUACAUUUUGAAAGUGCUACAGGCAAAACUUUAUUCAUAAAUUGGUCCUGCCAUUUUUGGGUGUCGGUUUUUUUUUUGACUCACCCUGUAUUGUUUUUAUUAUUUACCAUUUCAUUUUUGAGCAUUUUUUUAUACCAUCUUUAUCACGUACAUUAUUUUCUUCGCAUUUUUUUUUUUUUUUUAUGUGAUUUUAAUAUUAAAUUCCUAUAUAACUGUAACGUCUUAAGAUGCACUUCUAUUGUUUUAUUCACAUAAACAUAUAUAUUGUUUCUAGUACCGAUCAUAUCUCCCAUAAGUUCGGUUAUGAUCUCACUUUUAAACCCCCAUAUUUUCAUAUCUCCUAUUGGUUUAAAUAUUUUAAAAUGUCUUUAAUCCUUUCAAAAAAUUGCUUUUUUAAAUUUUUUUUUAUAUCUUCCUUGUUGUAUGAAUUAGGGCCCCGGAAAGGCCACAUUAUAUGUGAAGGGGUUUCCCUGAUUAGAUCAGAUAUAAAUUAAUAAACAAACAAAUGUGGUUUAUUGUGGUAGAAACUC